GGACUCUCACUUCUUUGUUUGACACAUUCAUUAAGAUUUUACUUGAGAAAAUCACAUGGUUCUAAUACCGAUUUGUUAUAUGCACUGUCAUGAUUCUCUUAUUUACUCAAUCCAUAUGUGACUUUUGAUGGUAUUUCUGUUAGUAAAUGAUCUCACUUUAUGGAGUUUGGUUAUGAAAUUGUUAAAGAAUAUAUUAAGAUUUCCUUUUCAAGAUGGUUCCACGUGUGUAGGAUUUAUUUCUUAUAUAUUGGUAAUAUUCUCUUUUCAAGGAUAAUAUUCUCUUUUCAAAGAUGGUGUCACGGUAGUUAGGAUUUAUUCUUGGUAAUAUGUUGUAUGAGAAGUUAUGUGAAGAAAAAGUUUAAAAGCUUUGUAACGGUGAGUUUUUCGUUGAAGUUCUUCAUGAGAAAUACUACGAAAGGUUGAUAGAAAAAUCAUCAAGUCGUUCGAGGCUUGAGUUGAAUACAUUAUCUAUAGAUCUGAGAUUAAGAGGGAGAUAUUCUAUCCUUCUUAUGAGUUAUGACUAUUAUGUUCUUACAUAUUUAGUUCUGUUGCAAUAGUUCUAGGACAGCACGGUGAUAAAGAUAAAUGUGCAGUGUUGUACCUCUAAUCAUAACUAUGUAUUCAACAAUUAUUACAUGCACAAUAUAUAAAAUCUUCUUUCUUGUACAAACAGUCCUUAGAUGUAGAUGCGUAUUCAUCGAAUUGGGUUAACAAAAGUUGAUGUGUUGCUUGUUUUUCUUCUAUAUUACUUCAGCUUAGUACCGUUUACAUAUCACUGGAACAGUUCAUAUUACAAUUUCCAAUAAAAAUCUCUUCGACUUAAUUUUGUUUUGGGUUCAAAGAGCCUUCUCAUAGUGCUAAAAACUCCAAAAACUCUUGAAUGAGCAGCACAUGAGAUGGGACAGCUCAACACCCUCUUCGGAAUAAUCUUUCCUCUUCUCAUCCUUUUCUAUGUUCUCUUCACUUGGUCCCGGAGAUCCGUCGCUCAACGGAAGAGGCUCCCACCGAAGGCUGGUGGCGCUUGGCCAGUGAUUGGCCACCUCCAUCUACUAAAUGCAAGUGAGCCAACUCACAUAACAUUCGCAAAAAUGGCGGAUGCAUAUGGACCAAUGUUCACAUUUAGGUUUGGUAUGAAUGAGGCGUUGAUUGUAAGCAAUUGGGAACUAGCAAAAGAGUUCUUUACGACAAACGACAGAAUCUUCGCGUCUCGUCCAAAGCUUGUAGCCUCAAAACUCCUUGCGUAUGACUAUGCCAUGAUGGGGUUCAGCCCCUACAGUCCACACUGGCGCCAUGUACGAAAAAUAGCCACACUCGAACUCCUGACGAACCAUCGUGUGGACCAGCUCCAAUACAUAAGAGCAUUUGAGAUCAAGACAUGGAUGAAAGAACUUUAUGAGUUAUGGAGGCUCAAUAACAAAGGUGAAAAAGUUGUGGUGGAAAUGAAAAAGAGAUUGGCAGACAUAACGCUGAAUACAAUAUUCAAGAUGGUGAUUGGGAAGAGAUUUUCCUCUAUAGAGUAUGGUAAUGAAAAGUUUCAAAAUGUGUUAAUAGAGUUCUUUGGAUUGUUUGGUAUAUUUAUUCCAUCGGAUUCCUUUCCAUUUCUGAGUUGGUUGGACUUGGGAGGACAUGAGAAGGCCAUGAAGAAGACAGCCAAAAUAAUAGAUGAGGUGUUUGAUAAAUUCCUCAAGGAGCAUCGGGAGAGGAUAAAUAAUUUUGGUGAAGUGGAGGCGGCGGAAAAGGGAUUCAUGGAUAUUAUGAUUUCUACAGUUCAAGACGAUGGACAACAUUUCAAUUGCCAUGUUGAUACUGUAAUUAAGGCUACAUGCUUGAAUAUGAUAUUAGGUGGAUUUGACACAACAACAAUCACAAUGACAUGGGCUCUUUGUUUACUUCUCAACAAUAAAGAAGAACUCAAGAAGGCUCAAGUUGAAUUGAAUGAACAAGUUGGGAGAGAAAGACAAGUGGAAGAAACAGAUUUAAAAAACCUACCAUAUCUCCAAGCUAUCGUUAAAGAAACUCUACGAUUAUAUCCUGCUGCACCACUUUUAGUCCCGCAUGAAUCUAUAGAAGAUUGUACAGUUGCUGGGUAUCACAUCCCUAAAGGGACACGCCUCAUAGUUAAUGUUCAAAAACUUCAAAAAGACCCAGUUGUUUGGCAGGAUCCAUUUGAAUUUCGACCUGAAAGAUUUCUAACGAGUCAAAAGAAUUUUGAUGUUAGGGGACAACAUCCCCAAUUCAUACCGUUUGGAAAUGGUCGAAGGAUGUGCCCUGCAAUCUCAUUUGCACUUCAAAUAAUCUAUCUUACACUUUCAAACUUUCUUCAUGGGUUUGAAAUUGAUAGACCAUCAGAAGAACUGCUUGACAUGGAAGAGAGUUUUGGAUUGACAAGCCUUAAAAAAACCCCACUCGAAGUUGUUUUAACUCCAAGGCUACCUUCACAUGUUUAUGGUUAAUAUUUUUCUUUUUUCUUUAUUCUUUUUUUAUGUUUAGCCAAAUUUGAUGUUAGUAAAAGGCAAAUGGUGGUGUGGGGUAAUAAUUCUCACUUUUUUGGAAUUAAAUCAAGUUGGCUUUUCUUUCA